AUUGAAUUUGGAAAAGAGGAAGCUUUAGGUUGGCUGCGGCUUUUGUAGUGGAGUUAAAAUGGCGGCGGUGCAGACUCAGAGCGGCGGGAUUCUUCUCAGUGCGUUGUGUCCCAAAUUUUUGCAUACAAACUCAACCAGUCACACUUGGCCUUUCAGUGCUGUGGCUGAACUUAUAGAUAAUGCAUAUGAUCCUGAUGUAAAUGCUAAACAGAUGUGGAUUGAUAAAACAAUUAUAAAUGAGAAUGUAUGUUUAACGUUCAUGGAUAAUGGGAAUGGCAUGAAUGCGGAUAAAUUGCAUAAGAUGUUGAGUUUUGGCUUCAGCGACAAAGUUACCCUGAAUGGCCACGUUCCUGUUGGAUUGUAUGGAAAUGGAUUUAAAUCAGGAUCUAUGCGGCUGGGAAAAGAUGCAAUUGUUUUCACGAAGAAUGGAGAUAUCAUGAGUGUGGGUCUGUUAUCACAGACAUUCUUGGAACUUACAAAAGCAGAACAUGUAAUUGUUCCCAUAAUAUCUUUGAACAAGAGCAGGAAAGUGAUGAAACCAGAUGAAUCAGCAGCCAGUUUGAAGGCUAUUCUGGAGCAUUCCUUGUUUUCUACUGAAGAGGAGCUGCUUGCAGAACUUGAUGCAAUUAUAGGAAGAAAAGGGACACGGAUUAUUAUUUGGAACCUUCGAAGAGAAAAAAAUGAAGAAACAGAAUUUGACUUUGAUACAGAUAAGUAUGAUAUUAGAAUUCCUGCAGAUUUGGAUGAAGUAACAGGAAAAAGAGGCUAUAAAAAACAAGAGAGACAAGAUCACAUCGUUCCUGAAAGUGAUUAUUCAUUACGGGCUUAUUGCAGUAUUUUAUAUUUAAAGCCAAGGAUGCAGAUUAUUAUCAGAGGACAAAAAGUACAAACACAGUUAGUUUCCAAAAGUCUUGCCCAUAUAGAACGCGAUGUUUACAAGCCAAAAUUUUUGGCUCCCAAAACAGUACGAAUUACUUUUGGAUUCAACUGCCGAAAUAAAGAUCAUUAUGGGAUGAUGAUGUACCAUAGAAACAGGCUAAUCAAAGCUUAUGAAAGAGUUGGCUAUCAGCUAAAGGCAAACAAUAUGGGUGUAGGUGUAAUUGGUAUUAUUGAAUGCAACUUUCUGAAACCAACCCAUAAUAAACAGGACUUUGAUUAUACUAAUGAAUAUAGGCGUACAAUACAUGCCCUUGGUGAAAAACUUAAUGAUUAUUGGAAUGAGAUGCAAGCGAAGAAAACAGAAUAUCCUCUGGAAGUAUUAGUUGACGAUACACAGAAACGGCCUGAUCAGACCUGGGUUCAAUGUGAUACUUGCUUAAAAUGGAGGAAGCUUCCAGAUGGAAUUAAUCACUUGCCAGAGAAAUGGUACUGUUCAUAUAACCCUGACCCUCAGUUCAGAAAUUGUAAUGUGCCUGAAGAGCCUGAAGAUGAUGAUUUAAUACCGUAUGAGAAAACACAUAAAAAAAAAGACAGAGAGAAAUUAAAGAAAAGACUGGAAUACAGCCAACAGAUAUAUAAUGAAAUGUAUUUGCAAACAUCAUCCGUCUUGUCGAAUGCAUCCCCAGCAAUGGAUGAAAGUAUUUCAAGAUUGCAUGUAGAAACUUCAAGUACACCUCUAAACAGGACUUUAAAUAUAUCAGAUACAUCAGUAUCUUCUCCACAUUCAGAUUCUGAAAAUAGGCUUAAACGAAAACGUACCAAUUCUGAUGUACCACUGCAAAUUAAGAUCACACGGGUGACUAGCCAAGCAUUUGAGAACAAAAAAGAUAAUGAUGAUGACAAUGAUGUCAUCAUUUUGGAGGAGAACAGUACUCCAAAGCCUGCAACAGAAGACUGUGACAUCAAAAUAGUAAAAGUUGAAGGUGGUGCCAAUUUAGAUUAUAUUGGGGGUGAUGGAGAAGAUUCCAAAAGCAAAGAUGCUUGCUCAGAAGUAGAAUGUACAAAAGGAACUGCAGCCACACAAACAGAAGUAGAGUGGCUUGCAGUAAAGAAAGAAGAAGAAGAGGUCAGUGUUGAAAAGAAUCAGCUAUCCAGAUUGGAGCCUGAAUUGACCAUAUUAGAACCUGCUGGCAUUUCUGAGUCUGCUUUGGGGGAUGUGGACAGCAAAAUAAAUGAAUUAAAUUUUCAGUUGCAGUUAGCCAAAAAUGAAAAAGAAAAAUAUGAAGAACAGUGUAAAAUGUUGUUCAAAAAAGUAAAGACAUUGGAGCAAAAAAUUGUGGAAAUGAAUGAUAAACAAAUGAAAAAGGAAAUGUGCCAUCAGUCAACGGAAACAAAUAGUAUUCUAUCAGAUGAAGAACUGGAAAAAAUUAAAGGAAGAAGCCCAGAGGAGAUUUUGAGUCUCUAUGAGCAGGCACUGAAUGAGAUGAAAAGGCUGAAAAAACUAUAUACUGCACUACAGAAUUUAAAAUCUGAAUGCAGUAAGUGUAGAAACAGUGAAAGGAAAACUGAAGAAGACGAGAUGGCUGUACAGCUGGAUGAUCUUUUCAGACAGCUAGACAAAUGCAGUAUUGAAAGAGAUCAGUAUAAAAAUGAGAUUGAACUCCUUGAAAUGGAAAAAAACCAACUGCAUUUUCAGUGCGAAGAGCUAAAAACAGAAAUUGGACAGUUAAAAGCUUCUGUUCCACAAACGGUUACACAAACAAAUGAUUCUGUGGCUAGUAAUCUUGAAGAACCUGUAAAUUAUUCUGAUGGGGAAAGCCUGAAGUUGCGAUCACUGCGAGUUAAUGUGGGACUGCUACUGGCAACAAUAAUGCCCGAUCUUGACUUGAAACAAGUGAACUACGACGUUGAUGUAGUUGAUGAAAUCCUAGGACAAGUUGUAGAACAUAUGAAUGAAAUUAAUAGUACUUAAUGUUUUUUUCACUGCCUCAUCAUGCUUUGCUCAAAUUUGUAUUCUAUUGUGAAGCUUCAAAUCUGCAAAAAAAAAAAAUAUCCAAAUUAUUUAGGAGUUAAAUAUAUUCUUGAAAUGUUUCAGCUAGAUUUUCAAAGGGUUAAUAGUGCCACAAACAGAGUGAAUGUCUUGAAUGAAGACAUUGUGGAAGGAAUUGUUUCAUAACCACUAUUGUGGUUAUGACAAUAGCUGUGGCAAAUAGCAACUCCUGAAAGCAAGACCUGUGAAGGAACUAUAUAGACACUUUGCUUUCUGGGGUUUGUGGUGACAGGAAAGAAGGACACUUGUCAUUGCUAAAUUGGAAAUAAAACUUGGGUUAAUAUUUUAUUUAGCAUAGCUGGUGAAAAUCAAAAUGUGCAUGUGUGGUACUAUUAACAGAAAGACAGUCUUAACUCCAUGUCAAGUUUUAUCCUAAUUUCAAAGGCUUCAAAUGCCACUACAGGUGCAUUGUAUUACCCCUUUUGAAUUUUCAGCAUUUCUUAUAGAUAUAUUUAAUUUUUAUAACACAUUCAGAAAUUAAUCACAGAUACUAUAAAUGGUGUUAUAUACCUUUUUAAAGUUACUUUUAAAAAACACUGGCAAUUUUGUCAAGUAGCAUUUUCCCCAAAUUACUAGUAUUUUAUAGUGGCCUAUGAGUAUUUCUGAGUUUUGAUACCUGAUGAUGUAUUAUAAAUACUGAUUAAGAGUAUUGCAUAAUGAUUGUUAUACUGUUAGAUCAUGUUUUGUUGAAUAGGUAUGAGUGUUUUAUCAAAAUUAGUUUUAAGGAUUUAUUUUUUCCACAUUGUUUUUCCUAACUUUGUAAGUUAUAUAUUGUUCAUUAUUCACAUUAUUGUUUGAUAGAUGAAUGUACUGUAAAGUCUGAGUAAAAUAAAUCUUGUCUGUAUGGAAAACAUUAUUUAAAUUUAUACUGUACAUUUACACUUUGAAGAAAAGUAAAUAACUGGAAAUAAGUUUUUAUUUACAUGAAAUAAAUGAGAAAUGUAUAUAUUUUGUAUUAAAUGGUGAAAACAUAUUCUCAUGUUCUGCAUAACAGGAACAAAUGUAAAUACACAAAUACAUUUUUUCUAACAAUAAAUCACAUACACAUAUUGA